AUGCUAAAAAUCACAGCUAAUUCUGCUAACAAAAGAUUGGCUUCUAGUUCCACGCAAAGGUUAAUGUCUUCUAGCUCAGCGUUGGCGCAACAGAAGUUUAGGAUCGAAACAGAUGCUUUUGGCGAAAUCAAGGUACCAGCUGACAAGUAUUGGGGAGCACAGACACAGCGCUCCUUCCAAAACUUCAAAAUUGGAGGUGCCCGUGAACGCAUGCCAGAACCCGUUAUCAAGGCUUUUGGUAUUUUGAAGAAAUCGGCUGCUAUUGUUAAUGAAUCAUUGGGGACUCUCGACCCAAAGAUUUCUAAACCAAUUCAAGAAGCUGCAGAUGAGGUGAUUCAGGGUAAGUUAAUGGAUCAUUUUCCGCUUGUUGUUUUCCAAACUGGCUCAGGUACGCAAAGUAAUAUGAAUGCUAACGAAGUCAUUUCGAACAGAGCAAUUGAGCUAAUCGGCGGUAAAAUGGGUUCCAAAACUAUUCAUCCUAACAACCACUGUAACCAAGCACAGUCAUCUAAUGACACUUUUCCAUCUGUGAUGCAUAUCGCUGCCGUUACAGAGAUCACUCACUCUUUGAUACCGGAAUUGACUGCAUUGAGGGAUUCUCUUGCAAAGAAAUCCGAGGAGUUCAAAGACAUCGUCAAGAUUGGUAGAACUCACUUGCAGGAUGCAACUCCUUUGACAUUAGGCCAGGAGUUCAGUGGAUACGUUCAACAGUUGACCAAUGGUCUGUACCGUGUAGAGCAAACCCUCUACCAUUUGAAAUUCUUGGCCCAAGGUGGUACCGCCGUGGGAACUGGGUUGAAUACCAAGGUGGGUUUCGCUGAGAAAAUCGCUGCUCAAGUCUCCAAGGAAACUGGUAUUGACUUCAGAACAGCACCAAACAAGUUCGAGGCUCUUGCGGCCCACGAUGCAGUGGUCGAAUGUUCCGGUGCUUUGAACACUUUAGCAUGUUCUCUUUUCAAGAUAGCCAAUGACAUCAGAUAUCUCGGCUCUGGUCCACGGUGUGGUUAUGGUGAAUUGUCUUUACCGGAAAACGAACCUGGGUCAUCCAUUAUGCCUGGUAAAGUCAAUCCCACGCAGAACGAAGCCAUGACCCAAGUUUGUGUCCAGGUGAUGGGCAACAAUGCAGCUAUAUCAUUUGCUGGCGCAUCCGGCCAGUUCGAGUUGAAUGUGUUCAAGCCAGUCAUGAUCUCGAAUUUGCUAAGCUCCAUUAGGCUAUUGUCCGAUGCGUGCUACUCCUUCAGAGUCCAUUGUGUGGACGGCAUUGAAGCCAACAAGGACAAGAUUAACAAGUUGCUACACGAGUCUCUGAUGUUGGUCACUGCUUUGAACCCUAAGAUCGGUUACGAUGCAGCCUCAAAAGUCGCUAAGAAUGCCCAUAAGAAAGGCAUUACUUUGAAAGAGUCUGCGUUAGAGUUGAAGGUGCUCACUGCAGAGGAGUUCGACCAAUGGGUAGUCCCCGAGAACAUGAUUGGUCCUAAGGAGUGA